ACUCGUCCACAAACAGCGUGAAAGCAGCCUCUUGCAAGGUUAGUUGAGCAACCUGUGCCUUUCUCGUCGAAGUCUUUGCCGGGAAUCGCAAUGGUAGCGUCAUAGCAGCUGUUGGUAUCCAUCGGUAGACUUAUUAUUGGCGAACAUGGACGUACCAAGGUGUACCUGUAUUAUUUUAUGUAUGUGUCUCGCAAGUUUUGUCGCCGCGAGACGAUAUGACGGUUACAAGGUGAUCCGUAUAACUCCUCAAAAGACAGAUGAAGUGGCCGUGAUAAAAAGUGUUCGAGACCGAUUUGACCUGGAUUUCUGGUCAGACUACGUCAUUGUCGAUCACCCGAUUAACGUAAUGGCACCACCGGACCAGGUCUCCGACGUUAUUAGCAUAUUAGACAAACACGGUAUACGUUUCGAGAUUACAAUGGAGGAUAUCCAAUAUGAAAUUGACAAGCAAAUGGCGGACUUCGAAGGAGAAGCGACAGAUAGGGGGCCAAUCAAGCUUUCAAGAUUUGAUUACAGCAGCUACCAUACAAUGCCUGCGAUUGACGCUUGGAUGGACAGCGUGGUAGAGACAUAUCCUAAUUUAACUGAAAUAUUCACUGUAACGUAUUCAUACGAAGGUCGACCAAUUCGAGGCAUUAAGAUACGGAAACCCGCUUCUUAUAAUAAAUCAUGUGCGUGGUUCGAGGGCGGUAUACAUGGCAGAGAGUGGGUAUCGCCCAGUUCCAUGUUGUUCAUGAUCAAAGAGAUGGUGGAGAACUAUGGUGUGGACCCCGUGGUUACGAAAAUGAUAGACUCAUUAGACUGGUAUAUUGUACCUGUCCUAAACGUCGAUGGAUAUAUCUAUACGUUUGUAGAUCGAUUGUGGCGAAAAGACCGGAGUCCGAAUAACGGAUCUUACUGCGUGGGUACAGACCUCAACAGAAACUGGUCGUUUGAAUGGGGAGGGCCAGAUUCACAAACGAACCCCUGUUUCGUGACGUAUCGGGGAACAGGCCCAGCAUCGACUGUAGAAGUGACUGGAACUGAGAAUUAUUUAAGAAAUUUGUCUGAUAAACUUGUGCUCUUUGUGGACUGGCAUUCCUUCUCUCAGCUGUGGAUGGCACCUUGGUCGUAUACACCAAAAGUUAAUGAAUUUUACGAAGAUCACAUGAAAUUCUUGGAGGCGGCUGUCACGAAACUGCAAUCUGUUUACGGGACAAAGUAUAGAUAUGGGCCGGUAUACGAAAUUAUUUAUUCCGCUUCAGGUGCAAGUUUGGAUUUUGUGUUUGGUGAACUUGGAGUUAAGCAUUCUUACGCAGUAGAACUUCGAGACAAGGGAUACUACGGUUUCUUGUUACCCAAAACGCAAAUCAUACCCACCUGCAUCGAAGCAUGGGAAUCGGCUAAAGCCGGCGUGAUGUACCUCUUAGAAGAAGAAGGAAUCUAGUUCCGUUUAACUGCCAAGAAGUGACGCCAUGAUACAUACACCCGCGUGAGUACCGCGGUGUUCCGGCAAGAGAAAACAGAAUACGAACGUCAUCUGUGUGUUGAUUAAAGUGUGCCAGGUUAUCUCGUUAUUCAGGAAUUUUUACAAACAUUUUUUUUUUAUAAAAUGAAUCUAAUCAUUGAUAUUUAGCAGUAUUAAUAUUAUUAUAUGAAGUCUUAUAAAAAAAAAAACACGUCGAUUUGGGGUCGAUAAGUGAACAAUGCCUGAAGUCAGCCCUUAUUAUUUUAAAACACCCUUUUUAUAUUACGAAAAAGUGGAAUAACGACCGCGUGACCACCAGUGCUUUGAUUGGACCUCGAGUACUGUUCACCAUUUCAUCGAAUCGCUCAUGUAUGUACAUCCAACGAACGACAGAGAUGGCACGCAAGUAAAAUCAGUCAUACUAAAACAAUAUAUAAGUUAUAAGUUAUUUUUUCAAACAAUGUAAUUGACGUCAUACAGGAUAGCUGAAAGAGUCCCAUAUGUGUGUUCAAAAUAAAACAUGCGCUUAUGCAGUUUUCAGUGUCAACAUGGUCGCAUCUACAUACACGUACCCGCAUGAUGAACAUUGGACUCUUAUUGUGUCACAGUUCCUCAACACUGUCGCUCCAUGAAUUGCCGUGAAUUGCGACG